AACUAUUACAGGGCAACCUAUAUGGCACGAGAUGAGCUGGAAUGGGAAAUCGAGCAACUGAGACAUCAAAAUGCCCAACUGAAAAAGGAUAACCGUGAACUGAAAAAAGACUGCAUGAGAUUAGAAGCAAGAGUGGAAAUCAUCGAAAAUAAAUUCAAAACAAUGGCCCGAUUGCUACAGUAAGCCCGGUCACGGUCAAGCUACCAUCUAUUGUGAUGGUGAUAAUUGCAAUUACUGCUGUUAUUUGUUAUUAGAUUCGUUUCCUAAAAGUGGAUUGAACUGGAUCUUAAACAGAAUAUAAUGUACUUGCCGAAUGUGCAAAAAGAAGGAAAGAACAAGACAUUUUGCUUUCAGUCACAAAAAAAAGAGAUGCAAAUAGUUCGUUCUUAGUAAUUGUCAAUUGAAAUUUGAGCCCAUUAAAU